GAUCGUUGUUAUCCCACGAAAACUUUGAUAGCUAGCUGCAUCCCUGCCCGAGCGUUCAACUACCAUUUACUACCUCCCAGUCACGUACAUCAUAAACCGCCAACAUGGUCAAGGCCAAAGAAGAGGUCAUCUCCGAGUUCAAUGAGUACGUCAACAUGACGGCCGAGGACCUCGAGUCCUGGCUCAAGUCAGACGACUCCAACAGCGCAGGCUGGCCCAAGGACGAUGCCGAGGACGAAGGCGAGUCGGUCGGACACGACAGCGGGCGCAAGAUUGUCGAGAUCCUCCAGGCGAACCCCGACAAGAAGGAGGACGAGUACACGGACGACCAGGUUGAGCAUAUGCGCAAGGUCGUGGCAUACUGCAAGCGACACUUGGCGCAAGAGUCAAAGUCGAAUAGCGAUAAGUCACCCGAGGAAGUGAAGAAGACCAAGUCGUAUGCUUCACUGAAGAAUUGGGGUCACGACUUCCUAAAGGCCCAGGGCAAGGAGAAUGGCGCGUCCAAGUCGAAUGGAAAGUCUUCCAAGAAGGUGGAGAACGGCGACGAAGAGAAGGCUGAGUCGAAUGGGUCCAAGAAGCAGAAUGGGUCCAAGAAGGAGGAGGAGGAGGAGGAGGUCGAAGAUGACAAGGAGAAGGCCGAGGAAGAUGCUGACGAAGAGGCCGAGGACGACAGCGAGGAGAAGGCCGGCGACAAGCGCAAGAACGCCAGUGAGGAGAACGGAUCCAGCAAAAAGCGGCAGACGCGCCAGGGCGAGGGCAAGUCGACUGAGAAGUCGGAUGAGAACGCCGAUGAUGAUAAGGAAGAAGAAGCCGAGGAGAAGGAUGAGGACGGCGACGAGGAGAUGGAAGAUGAUGGUGAGGAAGGCGACGACAAGGAGAAUGGUGGCGGCAAGGCCAAGAAGGGACCCAAGAAGGGCGACACUGUCAGCUGGAAAUGGGGCAGUGGCAACCCCGAGGGCAAGGUCCUUGAUGUGAAGGGUGAAAAGACGACCAUCACGACAAAGCGUGGAAGCGAGGUUACUCGCGAUGGAGACCCCGAGGACCCCGCUGUUGUGAUCGAUACUGGAAAGUCGAAAGCUGUCAAGUCUGCUCACGAGCUGAAUGAGUAA